AAUGAUUUCAAGAGGAAGGUAGAAAUGAAAAUUGAAUACUUGGAAACUGGAUAGAUCGGGAUUAAGGACGAAUACGAGAAAGUAGGGGAUGGACGGGCCUCCGGCGAACGAUUGGUGCUCUGUUUGCCAUGGACGCUUCAGGGUCCCCUGCCAGGCCAAUUGCUCUCAUUGGUUUUGCGGUGAUUGCAUUAUGCUUGUUUGGCAUCAUGGAUCUGCAAUUCAACCUUGGAAAUGCCCACUAUGUCGUCGUCAAAUUACAUUGUUGGUCCCUGGUGAAACUUCACAAAGGGAGCAUCAUAACCCUGAGGUUGCUGAGAUUUUGCAAAAGGUUCAAGCUUAUAAUCGUCUUUUUGGUGGACAAACUAGUGGUCUCUUUCAGAACCAAGUAGUUGGAGUUUUCGGCAUUGUCUUCUUCCUUGGACAGCUAGUUAUGAAGUUGGGAGUUAUCUCAAACACAGACACACGCACACAUGCACAAAUAGCAAUAGAAGUAGAAAAAGGGUGGAGAAGAACAGGGCUGAUUGGUGAUAUUAGAUCAUACAGUAACAACAACCACCAAGCCUUACUUCCAAAUUAGUUGAGAGAAUGCAAGACAUUCCCUUUCUGCUAAAAAGGUUGUUACGGGAAAUUAUGGAUCCUCAAAGGUCACUUCCUCUUGUCAUCAAGGCACGUGUCUCCAUUGCAGUUAAGUAAUUGGCAACUUUACUGUAAGAAUUAUGUUUUCCCUUGCUUUGUAGUCUUUUAGAUCUCACAUAAUGUGAAGGGCUAUAGAAAGGCUUCAUUCCUGAAAGCUUGUAGAAAGCAUAAGCAGCUGCAAUUUUUCUAAAAGAAUUACAUGAGCAUAAGUAUGGAUGUUAAGCAUAAUGGGUAGGAAUUUUUGUUCAAGCUCGUGCUAAGAAAAUAAGGAUGACAAGCAGCUCAAGCCUUGAUUUCGAUCAAUUGUAGCCUAGUGAUUUUCUAUAUAGCAUGCUGCCAUCCUGUUGGAUAGCUUAAAAUCAAAUGCAGUAACUUAGUGUUUUCCGUUGGUUAUUGGAUAAAGAUAAGAGGUAGCUUUUUCCCAUAAUGAUCUAAUUAGAAAUUGAAUUCAAUUAUAUAUGCCUAUUAUUUAAUAAAAAAACAGCAGCAAGGACUCAUAGCUCGACCCAUUUCCUCAGCGAAUGAAGCAUGGUUUGGAUUGAGGUGGACAAGUGAUGGAGUUUUUAUGAUUUUGACAACUCCACUGUUGAACCAAUCUUUCUAAUUUUAUUUUAUGUUUGAUUUGAA